UGAAGUUAUAAUAGAUUACCGUAUAUCGUGGAGAAUGACAUAUAGUGACAGCUUCACGUGCGACGACAACACAAUACAAACAGGUGAAACAAUCGACGGAGAGGGGACAAUCGAUUGCUUUGACAACUGUGUCGGUACUCUUGGAUAUUUGCAUUAUCAGUGCACAGAUUACAGUACAAACGAAGACUGGUCAUCAGGGAAAGGACGAAUAACAGCUACCUUAACUAGCUCCUACCCAUCCUACUCAUACAAUUAUGGUUCGUCAGUGUUUCACUUCGGAUUCAAAGGACAGGCCUGGAUAAACACUCUCGUAAUUGGUAGCGGUGGAUCAUGGCAACUAAAAACCACUGCUGAUUUGACAUACAGAUCGGAUAUAGGGCGAAUAAAUUCAUCUCCGAGAGCGGAAGUAUCUCCUAUAGUUCGACUGCAACGUGGUUGUAACCAUACCGUCAUUAUUCCUGGUAAGCAUAAGCAUUUCGAAUUCAAAGUCCUUUAAUGCACGUCUUAUAUU